AUGAAAAAUUCAAAAAUAUCAGGAAGGAUCGAAAGAUGGAACGCACAAGUAGGGCAAUUUGAGAUCAAGUAUGAAAUAUUAUCUUCACCAAAAUCGCAAGUUAUCGCAGACUUCUUGGCAGAGUUUCCAUUAGAAGAAGAUGAAGAUCAUAGUAGAUGGGAGAUACUGGUAGAUGGAUCAUCGAAUGGAGAAGGCAAUGGAAGUCGAAUAGUUUUUAUCUCACCAGAGGGAGCGAGAAUUACAUAUUCAUUCAGGUUGGAGUUCGCGCCCACCAAUAAUGAAACCGAAUAUGAAGAGGUUGUACACGCAUUGCAGUUGGCAAUUGAGAUGAAGUUAGAAGAUGUGCGGAUAAAUAGUGAUCCACAAUUGGUUAUUCACCAAAUAGAAGGGACAUAUAACACCGAUGAACCAUCCCUACAGAAAUACAAGAAACUUGUUGCGGAGCUAUCAACACAAAUUCCAAAAAUAAGUUGGAGACACAUAUCAAGGAAAGAAAAUAGGUUAGCAUAUGCAUUUUCUUUUAUUCCAUCUAUGAUGGUAGAUCCAACCACAAGGUAUAUAAAGAUACAGACACUCUUUUCACCCUCUAUCAAGAAGGAAGAAAAAGAAGAUGUAGAUGUAAUGAUAGUAGAAAAUGAAGAAGAAGAGAAAGUGAACAAAGACGCAUACUGGAGAACCAAACUCCAUUUAUAUUUGGAAAAGGGAGAAGUUCCAAGAAAUAGAUUAGAGUCACACAAGUUAAAGAGUCGAGCGACAAACUACGAACUAAAAGAUGGUGUAUUAUAUCGAAGAUCAUUCUAUGGACCCUCGAUUAGAUGUUUAACGCGAAAAGAGGGGAUGGAAAUUUUGAAGGCAUUACACUACGAGGAUGCUGGGAACCAUAGUGGAGGACCCUUCAUACCAGGAACAGGGCAGAAGAGAUAUUUAAUAGUAGGAACAGAUUAUUUUACAAAGUGGGCAGAGGUGAAAGCGGUGCAACAUAUUCGAGAUAAAUAUAUAUUCACAUUCAUCUUUGAGAAUAUAAUUUAUAGGUUCGGAAUCCCCGCACAGCUAGUUUCCGAUAAUGGAAAACAGUUUGAAGGAGAAAACAUAAAAAUGCUACUUAAUGCAUUCAAAAUACAAAGCGGAAAAUCCAGUCAUUUGUAUCCCCAGAGUAAUGGACAAGAAGAGGCAACAAAUAAGAAAAUCGCAGAUACAGUGAAGAAGAAGUUGGAAGGACACAACAUAGGGUGGUGCGAACAAGUGCAUAAUGCGGUAUGGGAAUAA